AUGAGAAUUCACUUCGUUCUGGUUACGUGUGUCAUGGUGGGCGAGCUGCUCCUCCUCAUCGCUGCCGAGAGACAUGCAGGAAUAGCUCUGCUCGCAGCAGCUUCAAAGGACAGAAAGGGAAGACUUUUAGAGAUCCUGGAGCGAAAGGAUCUUAAUAUCAACUAUUCUGAAAAGACAGGCUGGUACCGAGGAUACACGGCGCUGAUGUGGGCGGCGGACAGGAACAGCACAGACAUUGCCGAGGCGCUGCUUAGGGCGGGCGCUGACGUCAACCACCGCAGUUAUGGGAACGAGACGGCUCUGUUCUUGGCGUCCCAGCGGGGUUAUCUGCAACUCGUCCGCCUCUUCCUCGACCACGAUGCUGAACCCGACGUCGUCACUAAGCAGGGCUUCACGGCGCUCCUCUACGCCACGUGGAACAGGCACUCCGAGGUAGUGUUGGCACUGCUGGGGUCGGGGGCGGACCCCAACUUCCAGACGCCCACAAGUAAAUAUUUCCCUCUGUACCUUGCGUCGCGGCGUGGAGAUCGAGCCAUUGCCGAGGGACUGCUCCAGGCCGGCGCCCGUCCCGAUAUGCAGACGUCUUGGGCCCUGCAGACGACGGCCGUGUGGCGCCGCCCCGCCAUCGCUCGGGACCUGAUCAGAUCGGGAGCCAACGUUGACCUCCAAGAUAACACAGGCCAGGCCGCCCUCCACAAGGCCUCGCUAUACGGCUUCUCCAGCCUCGUAAGAACCUUCAUCGACGCCGGCGCUGAGGUCGACCUUCAGGAUCGAGUGGGUCGAACGGCUCUGAUCUGGGCCUGCAGACGAGGUCAGAACGCGGUCAUCAAGGAUCUGUUGGAAGCCGGCGCUGACCCAAACAUCCGGGACAAUACAGGCAGGGACGCACUUUCCUGGGCCACGAGAUACAAGAAAAAUGACUCAGCGGAACUGUUGCUCAAAUACUGCCCCGACCUCCGCCUUCAGGAGGGCCACGGUAGAGCGUGCGGCUCCUCUACGUCCCCAUCCCCUUCUGUGCCUCCGAUACCUCAGGACGCCUCAGCCACCAGCACCUCCCCUUCGGCAGCCAUCAUCAGGGACUCCGAAUAUUCCCUAAAAAUCCCCAAGGACACGAUACCACUCCCUACGUCGCAGGGGGGCACUACUACCCCGUCGGUAGAUCCCCAAGUAAUCACGACGGCGUUCGUUUCUCCAUCCAGCGCGCAUUCAGACCCGAAGGAUAAUCCUCACAGCCCUCGAGUUUGUGGGUCUUCGCUGGCCAGUUCGGCGGGGAAGCUCGCGACUCAGGGCCUUCUGCUUUUGUGCGUGGCUGUUCUGUGUGCUGGGUCGUCGUAG